UUGCGUGUGAAAAAAUGUUUUUGUGUGUUCUUCUUGUGCAAACUCCAAUAAAUUAAUAUUAUUUUUAUUGCGAAUUAAUAAGAGAGUUCAUAUUACUAGGAAAGUAUAUUAAUGUUGAUUACCCAAGAUGAACAAAAAUUACGAAAGAUGCACUCAUUGUAAUCGACGAAAAUGGCUCACUUCUGGCUGCCUUCGCAAAUGGUUGAAACCAUUGGAAUGUAAACAUUUGCAACGAACCAUUGAUAACAAGAGAGAUUUUAGUAAUGCAGAUAUAGUAAAUUGUGUCUUUUUGUCAGAGAGGAAGCCCCCAGUUAACACAAACAAAUUUGUUAAAUUCUGGAAAAACAAAUUGUUUAUCACUGGUAGUGUUAGAUCUUUGCAGCGUUAUUUUGGGACUAAAAGCAAUGGUGGCGAAUAUAUAUGCAGUUUGGCUAAGCGGAACCAUCCCUCAACAUCAUCAGAGAAAUGUUUCAUUGCCAGGUCUGAUUAUGAUUUCAAAGAUCUAUUGGAGCCGAAAAAAGAAAUGGUAAAAUGUCAGCAUUCAGAAGGACAUUUAGUUCUCAGAGGUCAUCAGCAUCACACAUCGCUUGAAACAUGUUCAAUAUAUUGUCAGUUGUCAAAGCAUGGCUGGUAUUGGGGUGGCAUAACUUCCAGUGAGGCUGAAGAACUGUUGGCAGGCCAACAUGACAAUGUAUUUCUUGUCAGAGACUCGUAUGACUCCAGGCACAUUCUGUGUGUCUCAUUCCGGUGUGUUGGCCGAACACUGCACGCUCGCCUCAGGCAUGCCAAUGGUCUAUUUUCAUUAAAUAAUGAAACAUUCGUGCCAGUUAACAGGAUAUCAGAACACUGCGCUACAGUGGAUGUCAAGUCAAAUCUUUUAGAAAUGCCUUUUAAAUUAGCCAGGCCAUUAAACAGAUUUGCAACCCUGGAUUCUUUACAAAUGAUAUGCAGAUUUGUGAUAAGGGUAACAGUUGCACCAAACAAUUGGGACAAGUUACCCUUACCACCUAACUUGAUUAGCUAUGUAUCUGGAGGCAGUGACUACAUAACACCAUCAUAGCCACAUAAACAUGUUACUGUGCCUUCAAAAUAACUAUUCACACCAUAUUGUAAUCCUAUUUACAAAUAAUGGACUGUAUCAUUUAAUAUGAGUAAUGUGUAGUGUUUAUAAAAUUUAUACAAAAUGAAUAUUUUAAUAAAACUGAUAAUUUGUACUGUGAUGCAUGUUUUGUUUUUG